AUCCAGAGGAUGAGUGCAGUGAAGGAGCAAUAAAACUUAACAGCGUCUUAAUUUGCUCCCAUAUAAAUGUAUCACUUUGAAUUUGAGACAAAAUGUAACGUUCUGUUGUCAUUUUUCUCCACGUAUUGCUUACUGAACAUUCCCCCCGACUCAGUCUUUGCUUCACGACAGCAGAUACAGACGAACUAUCCUCUGAACUCUAUCUGGCGCGGCCCCCCACCCACUGCUGACAGUUUGUGAAAGAGUUUUGUACCUUUGGCCUGCCACAGGGCGGCUGAGACUUUGGAACCAGGACAACACAUUCGCAGGUCUCGCUGAUCACAUACAGUAAGAUUGCCGGACUAUAAAAGGCAGGAGGCGAGGAGACGAAAAUUAGUCUUCGCAGUCCAAGGAGGACUCUCUUUUUCCUCGAGGCGUUCAGGAGCUUCUAGCCCGUCAUGAUGGGGGGUACCAAGCUCGGCCUUCUGCUGCUGGUGGCCACCUACACACUGGCCCAGCAAGAAAUAAAAAAUGUCGACGACCAAGUCGUCGUGUGCAGCAUGGAAAAAAGAUUAAAGAACUUCAAGCAGUAUGUGUACGACUACCAGGCAGACAGCUUGAACGGAGUACCUGGAGCCAGUGACUACAAGAGCGGCCCCACUGUCACCUGCAAAGUUGAGAUUGACGUCCCCCGGACCUGUGCUUUCAUCAUGCGCACCACUGAAUGCUCUCUGACUGAGAUCUUUGACGUGGACGGAGAAGGAAACCUGGCGUCUCGCCCUGCGGCCGGAGCUCGGGCCUUCAAGGCCGCCAUGGCCAAGAACCCUCUGAGAUUCACGGUCGAAGGAGAGUCCGAUGUGAAACUCAUCCCUGGCGACGACCCGGUCAACAUCCUGAACAUCAAGAGAGGAAUCAUCUCCUCCCUGCUGGUGCCGUUCCUGGACGAGGAGAAGAACCAGGAAAUGGCAACUGUACACGGAGUCUGCCCCACCGAUGUCACCGUCAACGCCAGAGAGGACAUCGCCACCGACGUGACCCUGAGCCGGGAUCUUGCCAGCUGCGACAUGUUCACUGCUCGCAAGCAGGCCAGCAGUCCCCUGGCCAUCAUCUCCGGCAUGAACUAUCCUCUGUCCAAGCUGAUCAGCAGCAGCCAGAAGUGCGACUACAAGUUUGACAACCAGAAGAAACACAUGACCAGUGGAAGCUGCGUGGAGAAACAUAUCUUCCUCCCCUUCUCUCACCAGAAUGAGUACGGGAUUUCCACACUGGUGAAGCAGACUGUGACUCUGAGGGAAGUGAGCAAGAUCAACGACAGAGUCUUCGACGCUGAAGGAGAAGCACUCAAGACCUUGGCGAUGGAGGUGGCCGACGACAAGCUGCCGGUUCAGACCAAGGAAGUUGCCAUGACCACCUUCCAGGAGCUGAACACCCUGACUGAGACCACCCGGGGAGAGGAGCGCGCCAGCAUCUUCGCCAGACUGGUGUCCGAGAUCCGCGGCCUGAAGGUCGACGUCCUGAGACCCGCCACCCUGGAGAUGGCCGAGCAGUCUCUGGCUCUGACCCUCCAGGCUCUGGUUCAGUGCGGCACCCCGGAGUGCGGCAGCGCCCUCCUCUCCGUCCUCAGAACCUUCGACACCGCCGCCCUGGAGGUCGAUGCCACCGUCUACGCCAUGUCUCUGGUCACCUCUCCCUCCCGCCUCAUGGUCAGCGACAUGCUGGAGAUGGCCAAGUACAAGCAGAGCAAAGCCAUCAUGUACGCUCUGAGCCGAGAGGUCAAGAAGCUGUACGCUGAAGAGAAGAAAGUCACCCCCGAAAUCACAGCUGUCUAUGAGUUCAUCGCCUCCCUUCUGGGUGCCGACUGUGCCGGAGACAAAGAUCUGACCUUCCUGGCUCUGAGAGUCGUUGGAAAUAUGGGUGAGGUGAUGGAUGCUGCCAACCCAACCAUCAAGAUGACCCUGCUCAAGUGCAUGAGGCAGCCCGCCACCACUCUGUCCGUGCAGCUGGCCGCCAUCCAGGCCUUCAGACACAUGACCCUCAGCGAGGAGGUGCGCACCAACCUGCAGCGGGUCAGCCAGUACCCCAAGGGUGCCGUGCAGAAGCGCCUGGCCGCCUACCUGAUGGUGAUGAAGGACCCCCAGAACAGCGACAUCGAGAUGGUGAAGAAGCUUCUGAAGCAGGAGCAGAACGUGCAGGUCAAGUCCUUCGUGUCCUCCCACGUCUACAACAUCAUGACUUCCACUCACGGAGACGCCAAGAUGCUCGGCGAGAAACUUCUUAACGCCCUUCAGGACACUGAUGUCACCAGCCACAUCGACUUCACACUCAAGUCCCGCAACUACAAGCUGGCCAUGCUCGAGAGCAACAUGAUCUUUGACCCCACCAGCCAAGUGCCCAGAGAGGUCAUGCUGAAGACCACCCUGGAUGCCUUCGGCUACAACAUGGACUUCUACGAGGUUGGCUUUGAAGGAAAAGGCUUUGAGCCCACCGUUGACGCCUUGUUCGGAAAGAACGGCUUCUUCCCCGAUGCUGUGUCCAAGGCUAUCUACUGGACGGAGGACAAAAUGCCCUCAAAGAUCAACGAAGUUCUGAAGGAAUGGGUUGCUCCUCUGAAAAUGCAGGGACAGAAGGUUCCCGAGGACCUGGUGAGAGAAAUCGUCCGCAGCUUCAGCAAGACCUUCAACGGUCUGAUGAACCAGGAGUCCCCCGAGACCAUGGCCUACCUGAGGCUGCUGGGAAAUGAGAUGGGCUUCAUGAAGGGAAGCGAACUCAAGACUGUGGCUUACAACAUUGUGAUGUACUCUGACAUCCUCUUCAAGAUCAUCCCCGGGAACUUCCUCAACAAAAUCAUGAGUGGAACCAACAACAACAUCUUUGCCCACUACAUCUUCAUGGAUAACAAAUUUGUGCUGCCGACUGCAUCCGGAUUGCCUCUGACCUUUGCGCUGUCUGGCACAUUCACCCCUGGUGCCAAGGGAGGCAUUAGCUUCACAAGAGACCUGAAAGAAGUGAUGUUCAGGCCAGAGGUUGGAGUGGAGGUUUUGACUAAGAUGGGGGUCCACAUGCCCGAGUUUGUUGUCUCUGCGGUCGAGAUGCACACCAACCUUUACCACGAGAGCACGCUCAACGCUAAGCUCUCAAUGGAGGCCAGCCAGAUCAAGAUUUCCAUCCCCGCCAUCCAGGAAACCACCAAGUUCUUGAGAGUCAGAAACAAAGUGAUGAUCGUGGGCGGCGGCUAUGCACCUGUGAUCCCAGCCAAUGAGGGCGAAGGACAUUGUGACAUGUUCGCUGGAAUCAAAUACUGCACUGAAAGCCUCCGUGCUGUUCCCUCAAAGGACACUGCACCUUACUUCCCCCUGACUGGCGAGUACAAGUACGCUCUGAACCUCAAGCCCAACAGAGACGUCACUGAGUACACUGCGACUGUGGCUUACAAGAUGCUGAAUGAAGGAAAGGACGGACGCCAGAUGGUCGAUUCAGUGAAGAUGACGCUCAGAGCUGAAGGAACCAAGCCCACCGAGGGUUCGAUCCUCAUGAAGUACAACAGGAACAGGAACGUCUUCACCUCCCAGCUGCUGGUCCCUGACUUCGAUGUUGAAGCCGGAGUGAAGGUUGGAUUCACCGAUAGCAACAACAAAGGAAAAUCCCUCAUCUUGGAGCUCUCCAACAAGAACGUCCCCCAGCUCUCUCUGACCGGCCGCGCACAGAUGAAGGCCAUGAUGGACGGCAUGCUCCAGGUUCAGCUCCUGGUCCCCAUCCUCAGGACCGACGCCACCGUCACUGCGACCAUGAACAGAGCUGCUGGUCUCACCAUGCAGGUCAAGAGUGACGUGAAGGUCCUGGAGACUUCCUCCAUGCAGGCAGUCACUUUCAGAUACGCUGCUGACCAGUUGGAGGUUGAGGUCAUGUCCAACAUGAACGCUGACACAACCACCCUGGUGAGGUACAACGAGGCCUCUCAGAUCUGGCUCGGACGCAUCGUUGCUGAAGCCAUGGAUCAGCAGGUUCCUAAGACCGACAUGAAAGUGCGCCACAUUGUCCAGAAGGGACUGGAGGCCACCGACAUCUGGAGGCAGAAGGUUGCAAAUGAAGUUCCUUACGUUGACAUGGUGAUGAAGAGCGUAGAGAAGAUGGAGAUGCCCUCCAUGCCUGAGAACCUGUUCAUGAACUUUGAGACCAAAUUCAUUUACCAGUUCAACCAGGACAGCAUGGCCAUCAGAGUCCCUCUGCCCUACGGCGGCAAAUCUUCGGAGGAGUUGAUGAUCCCAGCUGUGGUCAAGUCCCCACACGUGUCCGUGCCACGCCUCGGUCUGGACAUGGCUCCUCGUGAGAUCGCAGUGCCCACCUUCACCAUCCCGGCUGAGCACGACCUCACCCUCCCCCUGAUGGGAAAGAUGGAAAUGUCCGCCAAGCUCAACAGCAACUACUACAACUGGGAGGCCACGGCUUCAGCCGGCAACAACACAGUGCAGACCCCCAACUUCGCUGCUAAAUUCAAAGUCAUGGCUGACAGCCCAAUCACCAUUCUUUCAUUUAAAACUGAAGGAGCUGCAGAAAUUACUGACACUGAGGACAAAACAAUGAAGGUCACUGUUGAUGGUUCACUGGAGCAUGAGUUGAUCAAGACAAGCGUGAAUGUGCUGGAGACCCUCGCUGUCACCGACAGUGUGAAAACCACUGGUAGAUACAGCCUGAACGCAGCCUCCCCUGUGGGCGUGCGCACUGCUCUGGCACUCACCAACCAGUUCAGCCUGGACUCCAAGGUGCUCUCUGGGGACAUCAACGCCGACGCCUCCGCCACCGUCGGCGCCCUGACCGGCACCACCACCUACCUCAACACCUUCUCAAUCGAGCCCGCCAAGAAGGAAGCAAGAAUGGAAAGCAACGUGAAUGUUAACUCUGACAUCGUGAUGGCUGGAAACAAAAUCAAGGCGACAUACGCUAACAACGAGCUUCUUAUUGAGUCCAACACCAACCUGAAGAGCUGGAUCGUCGAACACACCACAAAAUCAGCCCUUAGCUACAAGGAGGUUCAGCUCCUCGCUUCCUCCAACUCAGUGACCAAGAUUCAGGAUAGUGUAGUCCGUAACCAGGUGGAGCUGUCCGCCUCUGGGGACCAGGCCAGCCUUCGUAUCGAGAACCACGCCGGUGACUCUGUCUACACUUUGCUCACUGGUUCUUUGAACCCCUCAGGCUUGGAGCUCAAUGGUGACGCAUCAGUCAACACCGUCUCCGGCAUCGCCUCCCACAAAGCUACCCUGGCCCUGAACAUGAACGGCCUGACCACCAGCUGCACCACAGCCGUCCAGUACAGCCCACUGGCCUUUGAGAAUGUUUUCCAUGGUGGAGUUGACAUCAACGGCGCCACCGCCUCCCUCACCACCAAGGGUGGAAUCAGAGAGAACAACGCAGAGCUCAACGUUGAGGGAAAACUCGCCCCCACCGAUGUCUACAUCAACGGCAUGCUGAAGGGAAGCCUCUUCGACUUCAGCACUAGAAACAGAGCAAACUUCAGGCUGAAUGAAAACGGCCUCAUUCUCUCCAACAACGUGGUCGGAUCUUUCGGUGAGAUGAAGACAGACAACACCAACUCCCUCUCCAUCUCCCUGAGAUCGUUCACUCUCCAGUCCAAGACCGAAAACGUGCUCACAGCCGGAAACUCCUACAUGCACGACAUCACAGUGAACAUGGAGCGCUACAAGGCUGCCGCUAACGUGAAAAACCAGCUCAUGAUCACCGGGGUGAACUUUGUGAACGAGGCCCAGUUCAAGGCAGAGCCCUACAACAUGGAGACCACUGGAACAGUGAUGGCCACCUACAAAGAUGAGGAGCUCAAACACACCUAUGAGAUUAAGUUUGUAGAUAUGAUCUUCUCUACCAAGUGCAACACGAAUGGCAAACUCUUCGGCACCCAGAUGUCCCACGCCACUGAGGUGGAACUCGCUGGACUGACCUUGUCUCUGAAGAACCUGGCCAACUUCAAGUCUGCUUCCCUCCUGGUUGACAGCAACACCAACGCCAUCAUUGAACCCUUCACUCUGAAUGUCGACGUCGUGUUCACCUCCAACGGCGACCUGUAUCUGUUCGGGAAGCACAGCGGUGAAGUGUACAGCAAAUUCCUGCUGAAGGCAGAGCCUUUCAACUUCCGCCACUCUCUGGAGCAAAGAGCCUCGACCACCCAUGUGCUGACCGGUAAACCCACUUUCACCUCCAUGUUCGACAACAAGUUCAGCAGUGUUUUGAACCUGGAGGAACAGAGCGUCGUUCUGAAGAUGAAGUCCAACGUGAACCAGCACUCCUACACUCACGAGUUUGACGCCUACAACAAGGCUGAACGCAUGGGAGUCGAGAUGAAAGGAACCGUGUCCACCAACCUCCUGACGGAAACAAGCCAGGACUACUCUGUCUCUGGUUUCUUGAAGUACGACAAGAACAGCGAGAGCCACUUUAUCCAGAUUCCAUUCAUCGAGUACCUGCCUGCAGUCAUUGAAAACACCAAGGCCUCAAUCGUGAGACUGAUGGACGUCACCCUCGAGAUGCUGAAAGACAUCAACACCAAGUACGAGAUCACCACCAGGAUCCAAAACAAGGUUGGGGAACUGAAAUCCAUCAUCGAUGACUUUGACUACAACGUCUUCAUCCGAGACAUCAAGAGAUUCGUCAGCUCAGUGGAGGCCACUGUGAUGAACCUGAAGACCAAGAUCCCUACUGACAAAAUCAUGGAGGUGCUGAAGACCAUCAGGGAGGCCAUCAUGACUUGGAUUAAGAAGUAUAACAUUUCCGCCAGGUUGAACAUCAUGUAUGAGAAAAUUGAGGAGCUCCUCUCCAGCUAUGAGGUUGAGAAGCUGAUCGGAGCUAUCAUGGAUCAGGUUGUUGACAUAAUGAAGAAAUAUCAAAUUAGAGAGAAGAUCCAAUACGUCUUUACCUCCCUUAAGUCAAUCGACAUCAAGCCUUUGGUUCAGAAGAUGAUGGCACCUGCUCAGGAGCUCCUGAAUGAGGUGUACACCUUCGACUAUAAGCAGCUGAUUGAAGACGUGAGCAGCUAUUUCAUGGCCCUCAUCCAGAAACUCAAAUCUUUCGAUUAUGACACCGUCGCGACCCAGUUGAAGGAGAAGGUGACUGACAUGAGCAUGGUCCCCUGCUUCGGCAAACUCUACGGUGAAUUCAAGGUGACCUCCCCUCAUUACAAACUGAAGACCAACGCAGAUCUGGAGAACACCACCACAACCUCCAUCUCUCCGGAGUUCAAAUUCAACCUGAAAUCUGAAGCUUCGUCCACACUCCGGGCCCUGGAUUUCAACCUUGAUGCCAGUGCACUUCUGGCUCUGCCCAAAAUGAGUCAGCUGUCAGUCUCUGAGACCAUCAAGAUUGAUCAGUCAGCUUUUACUCUUGACCACCAGGGAGAUAUGACCCUCUUCACCCUUCCCUCAGAAGCCAGAGCAACAACUACCGCCAAAUUCAAUACGGAGAUCCUCAAAGCCGAGCUGGUCAACAACGCCAACUUCGCCAUUGGCAGUGGAGUUUCUGCAGAAGUGGAGACCAAAUACAAACACAACAUGAACAUGCCCCCUGUUGACUUCACCAGCGACAUGUCGAUGACCCAGAAGACAAUGUUCGUGCUGGAAGACGGCACCGCCAGUCUGACCAUGAACAACCUGGCUAAUGCAAAAUAUUCCCUGGAUAAAUCCUCAGACGAGCUGGCCCACAAGAGCGACAUGGAGGUCACCAUGGAUCUUCACACUGCCAAAGUAACCUUCGCAGACGAGACCAGCUGCAAGUACUUUAAAACCGUCCACAACAUGGCAGCAGACAUCUGCAUUUUCCGUCAUGUCAUGAUCGACGCCAGCACCGAGACCGAAGCCCCCUUCCUGAAGACCAGCGUGGCAGAGCUGAAGUUCCAGGCCAAGACCGAAGACAUGAAGAUCCACCUCACUGCUUCCCAUAAUACCGAAAUGACCGAUUUUGUCAUCUCAAAUUCCGCCCUGGCUCUGGUCACUCCUGCUGAACUGACCUUUGACACAAAGAAUAAGCUGAACAGCAAGGUGCGCAUGCCAUUCCCAGUCAGUCUGCCUGCAAAGGUGGAUCUUGAGAACAACAUGGGGCUCUCUCUGACCGCGGGCAUGCAGCAGGCCAGCUGGACCGGCCUGGCAAGAUUCAACCAGUACAAGUAUGCCCACCAGUUUGCCGCCAAUAACGCAGAGACCGAGAUCACAGUCGAUACCCAGAUUAAUGCUGAAGCAAAUCUUGACUUCCUGAAAAGGACCUUCACCAUUCCAUCAGUGACAGUGCCCUAUUUUGAGGUGACAACACCUGAAAUCAAGGAUUUCUCUCUGUGGUUGGAUGCUGGCCUGGCUGAGUGCCUUCUGACCACUGAGCAGACCUUCGACUUUAAUAGCAAUCUUAAGUACAAGAAGAACCCUGAGAUGAUCACCAUCAUCGAGCUUGCUCCCAUUGUUAAGGCCAUCAAUAUGAACAUGAAGGCUCUCCACAAGAGGAUGCUCAUUGGCAAGGACAACGCUGCCGCCGUCUUGGCUUCCACCUACAACCGGGCCCAGGCUGAGUACGAGAAAUACAGCAUCGAGCUCCCCAAAACCAUCACCGUCCCAGGCUACAAGGUUCCAGUGAUCAACGUUGAAAUGUCCGCCUUCACCAUCCCCCUGCCUGACGGCAGUCUCAUCACCAUGCCCACCCUGCACGUUCCCUCUGCCCUCAGCAAGCUGACCCUCCCCAAAAUCACCCUGCCCAAGGUGGAGAAAAUCGUCAUCCCCAAGAUGGGCGAUCUGAUGCACGAGUUCAACCUGAAGACGCCGAUGAUCACGCUGAAAAGCGACGCCAGCUUCCUCAACAGAGACAGCAUCACCGCCCAGUUCGACGCCUCCUCCACCGCCAAGUGCCAGUUCCUGAGCGGCAAGAUUCAAGGAAGCAUUGACGUCACAACGGCAGCACAAGCUUUUAAAGUGGCCUCUGUCCUGACCGCCAAACACAUGCUGCUUGAAGUCAGCCACGACGGCUCGGUGGAUGUCACCGCUGGAAACAUAGAUGCUUCCAUGACCAACUCCGCCCGGGUCCAUUAUGACGACCAGACCAUGGAAGUCAAGCAGGUGAUGAUCGGAAAUCCAACAGAGGGCGUCGUCAUGUCUCUGUCAACCCCAUCUGCCGGACUCAUCGCUGUCCAGAUGCAGAGCAAGCGGCAGCAAGUGAAGGCCCGCGUCUAUGGUCGCUACCCGUCUGAACCAACCAAGGACGUGGACAUCAUCGUGUCGAAGAUCACCGUGAUGAACUUGGAGAAGAUGAACAUCCAGACCAGCUGGAACAUGGAGAUCCCGAACGAAGUCAUGCUUAAAGUGAACGAAAAGGUUCCCGUUGUAUUUGAAAUUGCCGACAGUGCCGUCAACGAGAUCAGUGCUCAGAGCAAGAGUGUGCAGAGAGGCAUUAACAAGAUGAAGAGGCAGGGAAAGGCCAUGAUGAAGAGAGCAACCGACAGUCUUAGAGAGGUGGAACUUCCAGAGCUCAUGACAACCGUCUCCAAUUUUGCCAGUGAGCUUUUGCAGAGGUACCAGAGGAGCCUCUUGGCAGUCCUCGACGCCGCGUUCAAAUUCAUCAAGGAGACCCAGUUCAGAAUCCCCGGCACAGAACGCAAAAUGACAGGGCUUGAGAUCUUCCAGGAGUGCAGGGCUUUCGUUGUUGAUGUUAUCGAGCAGGUGAUCCAGAAGGUUCCAGUCUACUUCGACAAAAUCUUUACCCAAGCCAUCGAGUAUAUCAGGACCCUUUACUUUGUUGUCCCAGGCACCGACUUUGUUGUUAGUGGCGAUGCAUUUGUCAAAGAGUUCUCCGUCAUUUUCAGAAGAGUCCAGAGAGAUGUGCUCUUCCUGGUGAGGCAGGUUGGACAGAUUGAUGUGAAGGACUUCUACAGGAUGGCUACUGAGUCUGUGAAAUUUGUUGUGACGAAGUCAGAGCAGGUUCUUCAGACCGUGAGAACGAUGGACAUGGAAUCUGUGGUCGUCACCAUGGAACACACUUACAAUGACAUGUCCCACUCCCGCAUCGCAGUAUUUGCCACUAAGAAGUUCGAGGCCCUGAUGGAAUAUUUGUAUGCAGUAAGAGCUAAAGUUGAGGAUAUGUGGGGUGAGGUGUCGACCAGUGAGGUGCAGGCCAACAUCCAGGGCAGGAUCAACUCUUUCUUGAAGGAGGUUAACGCCGUCCAGAACAGAGUGAUUAUGACCGUGAAAGAGAAAAGCCAGAUUGUCGAACCCUACGUGAGAGUCAGUGACAGACAGGUUGACCUCGACAUUCCCUUACCUUUCGUAGCAAGCUACAACUAAGUUUGACUGUAAGAAUGUUUGUCUCUGUCUGUCCUGAAACUCUUCUCCAGUAUUUCUCAAGACACUCCCUGUUUGUGUGAACAACUGUUUGUUGUUUUAUUUAAAAACAUGUUCAAUAAAGAACCUUUGUAGCGCAUAUGUUUCUGUCCUCA